ACAUUUUUGGUAGACUUUGCCAGUGAAGCUAACCAGCCCUGGGCUUUCCUUUGUGGGAAAGUUUUUAACUACAGAUUAAAAUUUUUAAUAGAUGUAAGACUAUUCAUGUGAUCUAUUUCUUUUUGCAUGAGCUUUGUUAGUUUGUAUCUUUCAAGGAAUUUGUCCAUUUUGUGUAUGUUUUAUAGCUUAUUGGCACAAAAUAAUUCAUUAUAUGCCCUAUUUGAUACCCCUUUGCUAUCUGUACAAUGUGUAGUGGGUGCCCUGCCUUCCGUUCUUGAGGCAGGUAAACUGUGUCUUUGAUUUUUUUCUCCUAAUCAGUCUGGCUAGAGGUCUAUCAAUUUUAGUCUUUUUCAUAAACCAGUUUUUGGCUUUGUUGAUUUUUACUGUCUGCUUUCUAUUUUAUUUAUUGCCACAUGGAUUUUUUUUUAUCUCCUUACUUAUGCUUACUUUGUGCUUAAUUGCUCCUUAUUUUCUAGAGUGUUUCUGUGAUAACCGAUGUCAUCAAUCUGCCAGUUUGGGAGAGAGACUUCGAACCGUGGCCCCGGUGGGCCUUUAAACAGCAGGAGCAGGGAAGUGGCUGUGAGAGCAAGCCAUGAGGCCGGGUCCGAAGUUUUUGGUGACAGCUGCAGAACGUCACUGUUCGGCCACAGGGGCCGCCACCCAAGUGCUCACCACGUGGGGGCCGCAGCCCCUCCAUUGCAGGCUCAGGGCUGGGUCCAAGGCUUAUGGCUGAUCACAUUGGUCACCUGCAAAGUCCUGCGCUGUGACUACUUCCACAGAGGCCAGCUUCUCCACUUGGAUAUCUCACAGAAAUUGGCCAGCUAAUCUUCAAAUUUAUACAGAAAUGCAGGGACCCAGAGUAGGCUAACAAUCCUGAAAAGAAAGAACAAAGAUGGACGAUUCACACGUCUUGAUUCCAAAAACUGUAAGGACAGAUAUAUAGAAUUGAAUUGAGUCUAGAAAUAAACUCAAAUAUCUGUGGCCAAUUGAUUUUCAACAUGAGUGCCAAGACCAUUCUAUAGGGAAUGAAUAACCUCUCCAACAAAUGGUGGCGAGACAAUUGGAUAUCCCUGUGCAAAAGAAUAAAGUUGGGCUCCUAGCACACACCACAUACAGAAGUUAACUCAAAAUGCAACAAGACUGCUUGAGCGCUAAAACAAAACUCUCAGAAGGAAACACAGGGGUAAAUCUUCAUGACUGUGAAUUACUUGAAGAUUUCUCAGAUUUAACACCUAAAGCAUAAGCAAUCAAUGUAAAAUAAUAGGUAAAUUGGACUUUAUCAAUAUUAAAACCUUUUAUGCAUCAAAGGACAAUAUCAAGAAAGUGAAACAAGAACCCACAGAAUGGGGGGAAAUAUUUGAAAAUCAUAUUUCUGAAAAAGGCCUAGUACCCAGAAAAUAUAAAUGACUCUUACAACUCAUCUAUGAAAAGAUAACCCAAUUACAAAAUGGUCAAAUAAUCUGAAUAGGCACUUCAUCAAAGGAAUUACACAAUUGGCCAAAAAGCACAUGAAAAUUUGCUCAAUAUUAUUAGCCAUCAAGGAAAUUCAACUCAAAACCACAAUGAGAUACCACUUCACACCCACUAGAAUUGCUGUAACAAAAAUGAUGCACAGUAACAAGUGUUAACUAAGAAAUAAAGGAAUCAGAACCCUCAUACACCACAAAAUGGUGCAGGCACUUUGGAAGACAGUGUGGAAGUUCUGCAAAGGUAAAUGUAGAGUCACCAGUUGACCCAACAGUUCCACUCCUGGGUACAUACCCAAGAGCAUUAAAGUGCACAUUCACACAAAAACUUGUACACAAAUGUUCAUGGCAACAUUAGCCAUAGUAGCCAAAAAGUGAAAAUAACCAAAUAUCCAUCAACUGAUAGAUAAACCUUUUGGAGACUAUUACCCCAUGUGAGGAGGGGUGAGGUGGACACCACGCUGUGAUGAAUCUCAGGGUGUCCAUGGGGACGUGGCCCUGGGCCAGGCAGCAGGAUGGAGAGGCUGUGAGCGCUCCUGCCUACUUCUCUGAGGGGAGCCUGUGAGCUGGUGACAUCUGAGUCUAAUGAAGUAAGAAACUAUUUAAAUUCUGGGAGAUUCUGACAUAUGAAAGCAUCCUGACCUACCUAUACAGACCAUUAACCUCAAACUCUUUUGCAGAUCAGCUGCUGAGAAAGAGAGACCCUGAAUAGACUAGUCAAUGGCCAUGAGUGACCAGAUGCAGUGACAGAGUUCACUCUGCACGGUUUCUCAGCAGCGCCACAGCUCCGGGUGCUCUUCUUCAUCCUCUUUCUCUCCCUCUACACCAUGGCACUCUCUGGAAAUUCCCUCAUUGUGGCAGCCAUUGCCUUUACCUCCAGGCUCCACACCCCCAUGUACUUGUUCUUGAUCAAUUUGGCUGUUUUUGAUGUCAUCUGUGCCUGCACCGUGGUGCCCAAGCUGCUUGAGAUCCUGGUGGCAGAGAAGAGAGGCAUCUCUUACUGGGGCUGUGUGGCCCAGGUGUACUUCCUGACGUGGUCUCUAGCAGCAGAAUUACUGCUCUUCACCACCAUGGCUUAUGACCGCUACCUGGCCAUCUGCCAGCCUCUGCACUAUGGAUCCAUGAUGAGCCCCAGGGUGUGUGUGGUGCUGGCUGGGGCUGUGUGGGGCAUCAGCGUGCUCGGUGCUGGAGUCAAUGCCUGCCUGAUUUUACGGUUGACCUUCUGUGGGUCCAACGUGAUCGAUCACUUCUUCUGUGAGAUCCCCCUUCUGCUGCUGCUGUCCUGUUCCUGCACGUACGUGAAUGACAUCACGGCAGUUAUGGCUGACAUCUUCUUUGCUGUGCUGUAUUUCCUACUUACCACGGUGUCCUGUGGCUUCAUCAUCUCCACCAUCCUGAAGAUGCGUACAGCCAAGGGGAAGAGGCGAGCCUUUUCCACCUGCUCCUCCCCCCUCAUCGCGGUCAGCAUGUACUACUCCACCAUCAUCUACACCCACCUGAGCCCCGGCUCUAGCUACUCCCCCGGGACGGGCAAGGUGGUGGCUGUGCUUUAUUCCACUGUGAGCCCCACCCUGAACCCUCUCAUGGACACUCUGAGGAACAAGGAUGUCGAGGCAGCUCUCAAGAAAGUUUUUACACUUUUAGCAGAAAACUGUAAUUAUUUUGUUUACAGGUAAGGGCUGGCUCAGGGCAGCUGAAAGUUCCAAGUCCUCACAAGCAGAGUGUGUUCAUUAGGUCCCAUCCUGUAUUGGGAACCCAAACUAGAUUGACACGCAGUGUCUCCUGUUACAAAUAUGGGCUCUAGACAUUCUUGAAUCUACGCCAAUACAGAUAGAGCCCCUGGAAGUCUGCUUGAUAUCUAACAAGCGUAGAGCUUAAAUAAAUGGAUGUUUGCAGGAACUACUGGUAAUAAGAUGUGCACUUUGAGUCAAAGAGGAAAACAUGGCACAAACAUGAUCCGACUGUGGGGACAGUCUCCCAAAUCCCCAGCACCAUCAAAGCCUCUGCACACAGCACUUUGCUGUAACACUUUCCCAGAUGCCCCUGCCAGUCUGUGAGGCUCUUGGGAGACAGUGGCCGUGUCCAGAAGUUCAGGGAUGCAGGUUGAGGUGAAAGGAAACAUGGAGGAUGAAGGGGCCAUGGUGGUCAUCAGGGGAGGGCAGAGAAGGGGCUGGGCAUUAGAAAUGGGGGCA